AUGCCUGCUUCCAAAGGGAGUGCGUCCGAUCAUGUGGAGUACACGCCUGGCAAAGAUGUGGACACAAAUGAUCUGGCUGGUCGGAUGCCAGCAUGCUUGGUGACUUUGUCUUCAGAGGAAAGGGAAGAAAUGGAAAAGAAACUUGUUCGCAAGAUUGAUCUCAGACUUCUCAUCAUGAUGGUGGUGAUGUACAUUCUGAACUAUCUAGACCGCAAUAACAUUGCAUCGGCGAAAUUAGCAGGCCUAGAAGAUGAUCUGAAUCUCAAGGGCGAGCAGUACCAGACUGCAGUUAGCGUCCUCUUUGUUGGGUAUCUUCUGAUGCAAGUCCCGUCGAAUAUGAUCCUUAACAAAUUUGGCAAGCCAUCUGUCUAUCUUCCGAGCUGUAUGAUGGCAUGGGGUAUUGUAUCUACCUGUACCGCGGCUACUCAAAGCUAUGGCGGGCUUUUGGCCUGCCGAUUUAUCCUUGGAUUCGUUGAAGCUGCCUAUUUCCCCGGAUGUUUGUACCUGCUCUCGGCAUGGUAUACACGGAAAGAGCUUGUCAAACGAACGGCCUUGCUAUACUCUGGCUCGUUGAUUUCCGGCGCUUUCUCGGGACUUAUCGCCGCGGGUAUCACACAUGGGCUGAGUGGAGCCCGAGGUAUUUCAGCGUGGAGAUGGCUGUUCAUUAUUGAAGGGGCUAUAACAGCUCUCGCAACUUGGCGGCUAGAGGAGGAUAUCGGCGAAGAGGAUUGGGUUGACAGCGAACAUCAGUCAAUGUUCCAUGGUGCCAAGCUUGCUUUCAAGGACUAUAAGGUUUGGCUUCUGCUCGGUACAAUCUAUGGUUGUACUGCCUCGGGUGCUGUGACAACAUUCUUUCCCAUUGUGAUGGCUGGCUUGGGCAAAGAUAGCGUGACAACUUUACUGCUCACCACUCCCCCAUAUUUGAUUGGUACAAUCAUAGUGCUUAUUGCCGCAUGGCACGCUGACAAAACUGGCGAGCGGUAUCUGCACAUUGCUCUUCCACCAAUUCUUGCAAUCGCAUGUUUCAUUUUGGCCGUGACGACCAGCUCUUUUGCUCCCCGCUAUGUUGCUAUGUGUAUCAUGAUCGGAGCAAUCUACUCGGCCUAUGUCGUAGCUCUCGGGUACAUCUCAAACAUCCUCCCCCGGCCUGCCACCAAGCGUGCUGCUGCACUAGCUCUGAUCAACUGCUUGAGCAAUGUCUGCCAGGUUUAUACGCCUUACCUUUAUCCGAACUCUGCGGGUCCGCAAUACAGAACCGCAUUUUGUUAUAAUAUUGGAAUGUCUGCCAUGACUAUCUGUUUUGCUACAGUCUUGCGCAUCGUACUCGGUCAUUUGAACAAGCAGCUUGAUCAAGAGGAGGGUACCAACAUCCCACGCCCUGAUAUUGAACAGGAAGAGAAUGAAGAGAACGGACUCCCUGGAAGAGUCGUUACCCAAGGAUUUAGAUUCAUGCUUUGA